AUGCCAGGAGUUCCAACCUCGAAGGGCUGCGAGGCUUGCAGACGGCGGAAGAAGGGAUGCGAUCUUGCUCGUCCUAUCUGUGGGCGUUGUGCAAAGCUCGGCAUCAAGUGCGUUAACAGUGGAGUGGGGCGGCUCAAAUUCGUGGAUGAGAAUGACCGGCUCGCAAAGCAGAAUGCGUCUCCUGAGCGAGACUCUUCGCCCUCAACAGACAGUUCUGCCUCGUCCUCUCCUCCUAGCUCUGCUUCUGCAUUCCAGAUAGCUCGUCUCAACAAGUCUGCCAUUGUCAGUCAUGCCACUGGGGCAUUCUGGCUAGCAUACGUGCCAGUGGAGAUUGCCAACACACCUCUUCACUUGGUCACGGAUAUCGCAUCGUCAGGUUGGAUCCGACUUGCGCUCCAACAUGCGCAACAAGAUCAAGGGCUGGAGGAUGCCGUUGCAGCACUCGCGCUGUCUCGUAUGAGUCGUCAGACUGGCGAUGCUCGAGCCAGGAAGGAAGCACUGAUGUUCUACGGAUCGACCGUCCGACAUGUUCGCAGGUCGAUCCUCGACCCUGACAAGGUGAAUGACGACAGCCUGCUGGCUACAGUCAUGCUGCUUGCGAUCUUCGAACUCCACGAAGGCACAUACCGACGAGACACGGCCUGGGGUGCACAUGUCGACGGUGCUUCCAAGAUCAUCAGCGCUCGAGGGGGCUCAGCCAUAGCCACCGACUUCGGCCGCACUCUAUACCUGAGCCACUUACGAGACGAGCUAGUAUAUGGCAUCGGCACCCGCGGGAAGUCGCGAAAGAGCAUUGGCGAAACAACAUACCUGCCAGAUGACAACGACACGAUGGAGAUUCGGCUCGCUCGCAUACUCAGCACCAUGCCCGUCAUCAUGGAAGAAGCCGAUCGACUGCGCUCCGUACGCAACCCAACCCGUCUGGUCCAGGGCAUGGGCGCUCUGCUUGGGAUGGUCGCAGCUGUCCUCGCGGCCCUCGAGGACUUCUGCGACACAUUGGCGCUUCAAGCACACCCCGCGCCACUCUACAUCGAGCUCCCCUCCCAACUCUACGCUGCAUUACCAUCCGACAGCCCCGAGCGAGUCUUCUCCGAGUACCUGCACUUCUCCUCGCUUUCUCUCGCUGACCCAUUACUCAUGGCCUGGACCUCCAUGCUCCUCCUGCACUCCACCAUCUUCCUCGCGUGGGAGAACACCCGCAUACAGCUGCCGAGCAUCCACAUCGACACCAUCCUUCCAAUCAUAAAUCAGAUCCCAAACCACACCCCUGCCUACAUCGAUGGCUUGACCCUCCGCAUCGCGCAGUCCCUUGAAUACUUCAUCCUGCCCGAGAACGGCCUCCUGGGCGCCGAGUACGUCAAGUACGCCAUCCCCAUCGCGAUGGGCUACAUGGCAUUUUGGAAGUGGCCAGAGCAGAUGUGGUUCAAAGUAUUGUUCAAGCGGAUGAAGGAGCUGAACUUGGGAGUGGAGGGAUUUCUGGCGGACAUGUUUCGUGGGCAGGAGUUGAGGUUGAUUCGGCCGCUGGAUGAUGACGAUGGAUCAGAGCGGAGGCGUAUGAAGGUGUGGAAUGGGUCGGUGUUUUCGAGUGUGACGGCGACGUAUGAGAGUAAGGAGGACGAGGACGAUACCUCGCCGCGCGCUCCUGAAGUGUAUGUCCCGGCCAAAAAGUGGUGA